AUGGCUACCUUCAAGCGAGUCGAUGUUCCCGAGCUGACUUUGCAGGAGAAAGCCGAUAUCCCCUUCCUGAAGGUUGGCCUCCUUGUUAGAUUGCUGUACACUGCACUCACGGGCGUGUUUCGGAGUAAAUUGUACCCAAAGAAUUUCCGGCAUCAUCUUCUCACUACGCUGUAUCGAACUUCACCAUUCUCGGCUCGACAACACCAGCACAUAAACCUGUCAGCUCCAGAAGUCUAUGAAUUGUGCAUGAAGAACAGAGGUCUUGAACCAGAAGGCCUCUCACUUCCUCAUAAUGCAGACGGCUACUGGAUUGGCAAUAAGAAUGCGAAGAAAGUAUUAGUUUACUAUCAUGGUGGCGGCUUUGCUAUGGCACCACUUCCAUCGCAUAUGAAUUUCUUCAUUGAUCUCAUCCAAGUCCUCAAUGAUCAUGGAAACGAUAUCGCCGUGUUCUUCCUUCGUUAUACAUUAACACCACACGCCAAAUACCCAACCCAGCUUCGCCAAGCUGUCGAAGCUCUGCGCUACAUUCUCAACGAAACAGGCCGAUCCCCAGCUGAUGUCGUCCUCGGUGGAGAUUCAGCUGGUGGCAACUUGGCUAUGUCGACCCUGCUACACCUAUCACAUCCACACCCUGAGAUUGAGCCACUCAUACUGGAAACACCGCUGGCAGGUGCUUUCGGGUUUGCGCCCUGGGUGAAUUUCAAUACCAGAGACUGGCCGUCCAUGACAGAGAAUAAAUAUAGGGAUGUAUGUACGGCUGGUGGGCUGGAUGUUUGGUCUGGAAUGUAUCUGGAUGGACGGGAAGGAGAUAAUUGGAGUGAGCCUAGUAGAGCUCCAGCUGAGUGGUGGGCAGAUGCAAAGACGGAGCAUAUUUUGUUGCUGGUUGGUUCGAAUGAGAUUCUAUUUUCACCAAUUGAGGCUUUCGCGAAGAAGGUUAAGGCUGUGUUCCCUGCGACAACUUUUCUUGUUGGGGAGGAUGAGACUCAUGAUGCUCAUCUGUAUGUCGAUGCGGGAGUUAAAGAGGGAACACAGACAGGGAACGAGUUACGACGAUGGGUGGCUGCUCGCCUGUAA